GCGAGAAAUACGUCUUAUUUGACAUGAAACACCGUCAGAGGGAGAUGCUCCGGCUGGUCCCCGGGAGGAAGCCUUAUCAGGAGCUUGGAGAGAUCCUUUACACAAAUCAAACAAAACCUCACCUCUGCUCUCUAGGGCAGCUUGCACGGUUAAUCAAGCUCCAGGUUGCUCAACUUCCUGAGAGAUCUCUGUCAAACUCGAACUCAGCCAUCAUUUCAAGCCGUUGGGCCACCUGCACACCCAGGAAUGCACAGAAGGAUCACGUCAGACCUGUUUGCGUGCUGUCUGAUUCACUGGAACCAGGGAAGAAGGAAAUGGGAAUGGACCUGAGGACUCUCAGGACAGCUGUAGCUCAGGCCAGACAUCAUCUCAGUUCUGUGAAGCAAGGUGGAGAAUACUGUCAUAUACUCCGUCAGGAGUCACUGGAGAGGAAGAACCCACUGAAAAGAGCCCAGCAGGCUCAGGGCAUGAGAAAGACUGAGUUCCAGCCACCUGAAUAUUCCUGUGAUGCAGAGGAGUCAGAGGAACAAAUAAACACUCACAUUCUGACAGAAGAGGCCCACAUGAGGAAUUCAGGGAAGAAGACAAAAAAGAUGACCUGACAGUCCUUUAGCCCUAUUUAUACCAGUGUCUGGAUUCCAGUGCCCCUGGAACAAAAAAGUGAACAUCUUUUCUAACAGCUGUGUGCCAUACACUGGCUUUUGGAAGCUUUGACUCUCAAAUCCAACAGUUUGAUGCAUUCCAUAUUAACCCACUGGAAUCCAAGUUCUACAGUAAUAGAUACAUACCUACAGAAAGUCAUCACAGGUACAAGGUUAAAAGGUGUCCAUAAACAAAAAGAGACUGUUAAGAAGGUUGGACUGCGGGUCUGCCAUAUCAGCUCUUUCAUUAAAAGCAAAUCUGACUCGUGUGCUGAUACGAGGCAAAAGUUCCAGCAACAUGAAGAAGCAGCUUGUUCUUUAUGUGACACUUUAGUGAGCCUUGAGAGAACCUCCCUUGUCUACAGCCAGGUCCUUGUUUUCUUCCCUGAGCAGCUGCUGUUCCUGCACAAGGAGCUAAUCAUUCCAGCAUCCUGCAGCCUGGAAGGACAACAGCCUCUGAAACGAUUGAAGUAUUUGGGGAGAGACACAGAAAGAGUAAGACAGCUGGGCAUGAGAUGGUUUCCUGUACUGCUUGCCAGACUCACUCGGUCUGUGAGGCGUGACUGUUUUGUACGGAAAAAUCUUAAAGAAACCGGGAAAAUGUGGCGAGAAUCCCCACUUGAAAAUUCACCAGACACGUUUGUUAAGGUUCUGGCUGAGGUACACAAGUGGUGA